AAAAAAAGAUUUAUCAACUCUGGCUGCAGUCGGGAAGACGUUAAAGAUGCUUCAAAGAGUUUGAUUGACCAAUCAGGAUAUAAAGAUUAAAGAUUUUUUUAUUCUGAUUGGUUAAUGCAAUGUCUCGAAAUAUCGAUCAUCGAUCUGUAGCGCGUCUUCCCGAUCGUAGCCUCUAUUUCUUUCGUUUACCUUUCUCAAUCCCAGUCACCUCUACACGACACCCAAACGACAAACAAUAAUACUGCUAACGACUGUUACAAAGACACAGGCAGACAGCAGAUAUGUAUUAAGCAGUCGUGUGCUGUCAUCAGUAGUAUUAAUUAUUCCUGAUCAUUGCAACAGAAAUGCCAUUGAAGAUCUCAUACGGAAAAUUUUCCUAAAAUUAGAAGUCGACGUUGUUGACUUAUUUUUUAAUAGUUGGCGCAAAUACAACGCAGCUAGUAUCUGAUCGAUGUUAAUAGAAGAGAAUUUUCGAUUUAAAUUGAACCAAAUAAUUUGUCAGUUCUAAAUUUCUGAAUUUUGAAGCUUUAUCGAAGAAUGUUAGUUAGUCAUUUCAAAUAACGGUUGAUUCCUGGUACAUAAGAAAAAAAUAUAGAAAAGAACAGAAAAAACUAUAUACAUACAUGUAACACGUAUAUUAAAUUUAAUAACUUAUCCUUUAAUUUAGUCGAUAUUGAUAUAUAUUUUUUAUACAUAUAUCAUAGAAUUGGAAUAUGGUCACAAUGCGUACAGCGUUAUUUGCGAUCAUCAUCGUUAACAUUGUGUGUGCCUUCGAUCCUUUUGAAGAUUUUGAACAUAUAUCAUCCGACAGCGAGAUUUUUAAAAACAGAUUUGCAAAUCUAUCUACAGCAAUUGUAACAUAUGUAGAAUUAAAGGAUAUAUUUAGUUUCAAAGAACCAUCGUAUAUAAAUCAAUCGAUAGAAAAAAUGAAAAACCAACUAUUUAGUCCUACGAGUAUAGACAUGGUAGCGUCCUUACUUUUAAAUGGCGCUAAAGGAUCGACAGAGAAUGAAUUGAUGUCUUUUUUUAAUAAUUAUAAUAAAAUACCUUUAAGCAACAGAUACUUACCAGAAGUUUCUUACUUAGAUAAUCUGAGAAACAUCGCAUUGCAUCUAGAAACUGCAGUAUAUGUUCAAAAUUCAAUUGAGUUAACGGCCGAUUUUUCAUCAAUAUGCAUAAGUAAAUUUAAUUGUUCAAUUUCAAAAAUAGAUUUCAGAAAUAACAUAUAUGCUGCAGAAACUAUAAAUUCAUGGGUCCAAGAAACAACAAAUAAUAAAAUAUUAGACGUAAUUUCUCCAGUUAAUAUCGACGGAGAUACAAAAAUUAUGUUGGUAAAUAUUGUUUACCUUAAUAGUAGAUGGCCAGACUCAAUUCAAAGAGAGGAACGCAUAUUUCAUUUUUCUCAAGUAGAAAGGCAUUUUGUUUCAACAAUUAAAUUUAAAAACUCUACAUUUAUUUAUGGUGAAAUACCACAUUGGCAUAUAAAGUUCAUUGAAGUUCCAUUUUUGGAUGAUAACGUUACAAUGACUAUAUUGUUGCCAACUGAAGGGAUGAAACCUGGGUGGAUAGAAAAAAACUUUGUCUAUGAAGAAUAUCAAUCAAUUAGAACUGCAUACAUUAACAAAAAGCAAGAUAUGGAAUUAUAUUUACCUAAGUUUAGGACUGAAAUGACUCGAAAUUUGACAGAUUUUUUUCGUGAGAGGGACGUAAUUACGAUGUUCGAGGAUAAUGCUGAUUUUACACAUCUCUCAAAAACUCCUCUAAAAGUAAACAAUAUUGUUCAAAAGAUUUCCCUGAAGGUUAAGAAAGGAAGUCUCCCUACUUUCAGAAGGAUAGAAAAAAGAAAUCUGCCGCACGAGUUAAUCGUAAAUUAUCCGUUUAUCUACGAAAUCGAAGUAAACGGACAAUUAGUAUUUAGUGGAUUCGUGGCUAGACCGGACUUCGUCCGGUAUCCAAAUCUUAUUAGAGAUGAAUUAUAAAUUCUAUUACAUUCUUAUGUUUAUUGAAAAUUUAUAUCACACAA